AUGUCAUUCCUCGCAAUUCCGAGAUCUCGUCUCGUGUCCACCCCUGUUUCCGUUGUGCGGGCUUGUAUGCCACCCCUCAGCCAGGGCUUCCACAAUUCAUCAGCUCGAAAUGCCUUGAAAGAAACUGAUAGACAUCGAGAGGGCAUCAUGGAGGAAAUCGAGUCGAGCAAGGAAAAACACAACCAACAACGGAAGGAUGGAGAUCCUCGGUGGCACGAGUCGUUGGCUAGUGCCAGUGAAGCAGUUGUGAAAGCGGAUCGUGGCGAAAUCUCCCCUGAAGAGGCGCAGGAGUUAGAGAAAUACUUUCCAAAAGAAAAAUCAGGGGGACAGAAACCGGCGAAUACUGGGAAUCGGGGGACAUAA